UCGGCAAAAGAAAACAUUUGUAUUUUUCUAUACCCUGUUUUUGAGCGUAAAACUGCAUAAAACAAAUAACAUUUCAUCUGGAGUUGAAACCACUAAGAAGCAGUUAUUAAUCGGCGCGAAAGGGGUAGAGUUUAUCGGAGCACGGCAUCAUGGAUCAGGACUAUGAGUGCAGGCUGCUCAGACAGAUAAACAUCCAAAAUGAGAAUGCCAGCCCAAUAAAAUCUUUAGGAGUGGCGCGAGCUCUGACACCCACCAGCUCCCCCCUGUCCUCCCCUAGUAAGCAUGGUGAUCGCUUCAUUCCCUCCCGGGCCGGAGCUAACUGGAGUGUCAACUUCCAUCGUAUCAAUGAAAUUGAAAAGUCGCACAAUCAAAACAGGAAAACCAAAGAUGGAACAACAGACAGCAACAAAGCGGACGGCCUGGCUUACUCGGCUCUGCUGAAGAACGAGCUGCUGGGAGCGGGCAUUGAAAAAGUCCAGGACCCCCAGUCUGAAGACCGCCGCCUGCAGCCAUCUACUCCAGCCAAGAGGAGCCUUUUUAGUUAUUCUGUAAGUGCUAAGAGGGCUCUGCCUGAAGAGGAUGGAAACACAGUCUCUCCGUAUUCUCUAUCACCUGUCAGUAGCAACAGCCAGAAACUGCUACGGUCGCCAAGGAAACCGACGCGCAAAAUUUCCAAAAUUCCAUUCAAAGUCCUGGACGCUCCAGAGCUCCAGGACGACUUCUACCUCAACUUAGUGGACUGGUCCUCUCUGAAUGUGCUCAGUGUUGGACUGGGUACCUGCGUAUACCUGUGGAGUGCCUGCACCAGCCAGGUGACCCGUCUAUGUGACCUUUCUGUAGAAGGAGAUUCUGUAACAUCAGUGGGCUGGUCAGAGAGGGGAAACCUGGUGGCGGUGGGGACUCAUAAAGGAUAUGUACAGAUUUGGGAUGCAGCAGCAGGGAAGAAGCUCUCUGUACUAGAAGGACAUACAGCCAGAGUGGGUGCGUUGGCAUGGAAUGCAGACCAGCUGUCGUCUGGGAGCCGUGAUAGGGUGAUUCUGCAGCGGGACAUCAGAGCCCCACCUCUCCAGUCAGAGCGCCGCCUGCAAGGGCACAGACAGGAAGUGUGCGGUCUGAAGUGGAGCACAGACCACCAGUUGCUAGCGUCAGGUGGAAAUGACAACAAGCUGCUUGUGUGGAACCACUCGAGUGUCCUCCCAGUGCAGCAGUACACAGAGCACUUGGCCGCGGUGAAGGCCAUCGCCUGGUCCCCCCACCAGCACGGCCUGCUGGCCUCGGGAGGCGGCACCGCCGACCGAUGUAUCCGCUUUUGGAACACUCUGACAGGCCAGCCACUGCAGUGCACCGACACCGGCUCCCAGGUCUGCAACCUGGCCUGGUCCAAGCACACCAACGAACUGGUCAGCACACAUGGUUAUUCCCAGAACCAGAUCCUGGUGUGGAAGUAUCCCUCCCUCACUCAAGUAGCCAAACUUACAGGACAUUCCUACAGAGUACUUUACCUGGCCAUGUCCCCUGAUGGAGAGGCCAUUGUAACGGGAGCAGGAGAUGAAACACUUCGCUUCUGGAACGUCUUUAGCAAGAUGAGAUCAACUAAGGAGUCGGUGUCAGUGUUGAACCUCUUCACCAGAAUCCGGUAGUCAGCACACCUCUGCACUACGAGGGAAUAAAGACUGGAAGGGGAAUUUAUCUUUGCACGUGUCAAGUCCGCACUGUAAACGGGCCCCUUCUUUUGAGUGUUUGCCUCAGUAGUUGACAAGACGGCCAGCUCGAUUGGCCUUAGUUAAUUAGCAAAGUUGUAGCCGAAGGUGGGAGGAGCUGGGGACAUGUGCAGCCUGAGUGUUGAGGGCGGAGGUGAUACAUACAGAAAGUAUUCUACUAACUCCUGAAUGACGGAGCCGCUGCCUCCUCCGACAGACCAGUGAUCUCUGAUGAUGAGGAGAACUUUGGGGAGUUUCUCUCCCUGCGUGAUUAUGUUUUGUUUACAGACUGUGUGCAUACCUGCCAAAUAUUGAGUUUGUCAUUUUUGAUUGUCUAUUUAUUUUUCUUUCUUUAUAUUUCUUCUCUUUUUCUUUUUCUC